AUGUCUCGACAACAAACAACCCCGCGUGAGAGACGAAUGAUCAUCAAAUGUUAUGAGAUGGUAAUAUCCAGCGCGGAGAUAGCAGAUCAGUUUGAUAUGUCGGCCAUCUUCACAAAUUUCUCAAUGCAUUUGCGAGCUGAGUACCGAAUGUUCAUAUCCCCUAAGAAACUAAUAGAUACGUUUGGACUAAUAUACUUUUGCGAAGAGCAAAAUGCUUGGCCAGCGUUAUCGGGUGUCGUCACCGACUUUUCAUUUGCAAAUGUGCAUGCUGUUUGCAAAGCCUUUAACAGACGUACUAUAUCGGAAUAUAUUCAGUUAUGUUACGAUAAAGCCAUAGAAGGAAAAUCGACAGAUAAUAGUGUCAUUAAAAUAUACUUGUGCUGUGCUCAUUUUAUAAAAAUGAUAUGUCACGAUAUUGACCGCAUAGCGAAAUACGACACACAGCGUCGAUAUUUCAAAGACAUGCUUGCAGCUGGCUUAUCCAUUCAUAACAUCAACGACUUUGAUGAUUUCGUUUGUAGUACCUAUAUUAUCUUGAACUCCCAAUACAAUAGUCAUUUAGUUGAACGAUCGAAACUAUUUUACAAAAAGGUAGCAGAUGAAUUCCAGGCUGAAAGUAUCAAUGAAUUCAUUUACAUUGAAAAUGCUAUUGAAAUCGACCACCAAAUAUCUGAUGAAGUAAUUUAUACUUCAAGUCCUUUUUAUAAGCGAUAUUUAUCUUUAACUCAAAAGAUCUCAAUUACAUUUGCUCCGAGGUAUAACAAAAGUGAAUACUUCAAUGAAGAUAUGCUACAACUUGUUGCAAAAAAAUACAUGCCAUAUUGUCCGUUUUGGUCGAAAUUGAUGAUAGAAAGUGGCCCUCUGUUAAGCAACGCUUAUGUCCAAAACUAUUUCGGACAGUUGAAACAAAACUCUCUCAAUGGAAGGCGCAAUCUGAAAUGUUCAGAAUUUGUCAGGAUACUGAGAAGAGGUAUGCUGUCUUUGAGCAAGGAGAGUUAA